AUGACCACACUCAAGCCACAACUGUUGCGCGCUGACACUAUCGACUUACAAGAUCACGAUGCGCCCUCCGCAAAAGAUCACUCCCGGCAGCCGCAACAUCCUUCGCCCUACGGUUAUGGGCCCGCCGCUCCUCACCAAGCACAGACGUUGAAGCGUGCCGAGCAGGAGACACACAAGCAGCAGCAGCUAAGUCCACGAGUGUCUGAAGACCAAGGCGGGCCCUUCUCCGACAACCAGCGCUAUUACGACGAAGAUGACGAAGUCGACGAUGCUCACAUGAACCACCUCCAUGGCCCGAAUGGUACCUCAGAACAAGAUCGCGACUACGACGACGGCGAUGCUAGCGACUCGCACGACGAAGACAUGGACGACGAUAUGAUGGACAAAAUUUCGAGCUCCCCCUCGAUCGAAGAUGUGCCCACGCCGACUCGAGGCAAUUCUCCCCAGUCUUCCUCUCCUUUCAUCUCUCCUCCAAUUCACUUCCCUUUACCACGUACCCAAGAUGUGGACUAUGACACGGGAGAUCUUCAUCGGAGCGAACUUGAUGUCUGGCGCGAAGAUGAACACGAACUCGAUGAGAACAGCGCUCCCGUCCCAAACUACAACAGUUACUUCGAUCUGUCGCCGGCCGAACCUCGCUUUCCAGACUUCAUGACCGAGGACGAGGUCCGUGAAGUGUCCAAGUAUCUUCUUCCGGUUCAUGAUCCGGCCUUGGACGACUUCAGUGAAGAUGAGGGCUACGACCAACGCUCUUACGAGGAAGAGAACGAGGAUGAUUGGGUCGACGAGGACAUCAACCUGCCAGACUAUCAGUCUAGCGAUGAUGAAGACACCGAGGAGUUCACUUUUUCUGCUGAUGCUCGCUUCAUUGAUUCUGGUUGGGGAGGCGAGUGCUUACGAGAAAUAGAAGACAUCGAUUUCGAGUUUGUGUAUGCUUUGCAUACUUUCGUCGCUACCGUCGAAGGCCAGGCCAAUGCCACCAAAGGAGAUACGAUGGUGCUGUUAGACGACAGCAAUAGCUACUGGUGGCUUGUCAGAGUAGUAAAAGAUGGCAGCAUUGGUUACCUCCCGGCAGAGCACAUUGAGACACCAACAGAGCGGCUAGCUCGUUUGAACAAACACAGGAACAUUGAUCUUUCGGCUUCAAUGCUGGGAGACAAUACGGAAAAGUCGAAGAAUCCGCUGAAGAAAGCAAUGCGUCGCCGGAAUGCGAAGACUGUCCAAUUCACUGCACCAACCUACUACGAGCCUUCGGAAGCAAAUUAUUCAUCCGACGAGGAGGAAGGCGACGAAAGCCAGAUGGAAGUCGAUCAAGAGCCAGCUAACGAGGACACCGAGGCGUCCAGAGAUCCCGCAGAACCCAUAUCGGCUCAGACUCAGGGAGCGAGCAACGGUCUACAGCGGUCCACGAGCCAUGAGUCUUUGACGGAAGAGCCACAAAGUCCAGACAAGGCACAAGCGCCUGACUCAUCGGCCAUGCUGUCUGCCCAAGAUCCUGUAUCAAGAUCGCGCAAAGGUGUUGUCCGAAACACAGAUUCUUUCUUCAAAGACGACACAGCAGAGACCAAAAAGAUAUCCUUGACGCCACGGCUGCUUAGAGGCGACUCAGACGCGGCGGCACCUGCAGAACAAGACAACAGGCAACGUCCAAGUCUGGAGACUUUCGACAAAAUGGUCGGCGUCGAGGAGAAGCCAGGCAAAGACGAAAAGAAGAAAGAGAAGAAGGGCAUGCUCAGCGGACUCUUCAAGAGAAAAGACAAGGCUCCCAAAGGUCAGAAGGUCGAUGAUCGCUCCGACAACAAGCUGUCGGAGGAGUCGCUAAGGCCGUCGGUCAACUCGAAGGAGUCACUUGAUUCGGUCCACAAAGUCGACCCUGUUGUUGAGCGGCGACCGAGCAAAUUGCAGAAGCAGCCACCCGUCAUAAGUUCACCCAAGGCAUCUCCUACCGAAGGACGCUACUCCCAAAUACCGGCCGCGCUACAGCCUUCUCGAGAAGAGCCGGUGCAGCCGCAGACUGCUACGAGUCCACCCGCACCAACUGGGCCAGCACCACCGCCACCGACUGUUCGGCAAGUACAGAAUGAAAGCUCACAGGAAAGCCUUCAGCCACCACAGGAGUCUGCUGCAAGACUUCAGCCAAAUGCGCACCUGCCGAAUCGCUUCCCAUCGCUACAGGAGAAGCGCCAGCUAGAACCUGAGCAACGACAGGCACCCGAACCUGUCGUGAAGCCAAUAUACACACAACAAGCCAAGCAGAGAUUCGCUCUGGACACUAGCGAUUCAGACGAUGAUCAAACACCAACCCAGCAGCAGCCGGAGCGUGACAGUGUGUCGCCACUCAACGCCUCUCAGUCUCAUCAUCAACGCAACGAUUCUGGCAUGCAAAUCUCACCCAUUGAAGCGCCACAAGGCUUUGGGUCAUACCCACAAGCUUUGAAAGGAGCUCAAGAAGCAGAUGAGUCAGCAUAUCCGGAGCAAGAAAUUACUCCUAUUGAGGCGGACGCGACUGCAAGUACUUCAAAGGCAUCGCCUUCGACCGCUACAACGCAUACACCUUCGACAUCACGAUCAGAGCCAUCCUGGUCGGACGCAUCUCUUCGGACCUAUCUGGAGAACGAUCAAGAUAUCAAGGAUCUGCUGAUUAUUGUACACGACAAGUCAAACGUGACGCCGGUCGGACCAGAUCAUCCUUUGAUGACCAAUUUGUUCUCGAGCGAACGCAGCAAGCUUGCAGAAAUGCAGACUCAGCUCGAUUCAAUGCUCAUGGGCUGGAUGUCUCGCAGAAACACGGGGUUGCUGUCGCGGUGA